AUGGGUGUGUAUGGUCUUUGGCGUUUACUUAGUGCAACAGGAAAUCAAGUGCCUUUGGAAACACUGGAAGGAAAAGUCUUAGGCAUUGACAUAUCAAUUUGGAUACAUCAAGUACUGCAAGGAUAUCAAGACCGCUUUGGCAAUCCUAAACCUAAUGCUCAUCUUAUUGGUUUAUUCCAUAGAAUAUGCAAGCUUUUGUUUUAUAAAAUCAAACCAGUUUUUGUUUUCGAUGGAGGUGUACCAAUGCUUAAAAAGGAUACAAUUGCUUUACGCAGGAAGCAGAAAUCUGUAGCCAAGCAUAAAGCCCAACAGAUGAGGACAGAAUUAAUAAAUAAUUUGAUAAAGCAUUCUGCAGUGAAAACAGUUCUUAACACUGAAAAUCAAAAUACUGCAACUGACUCUUCUGAAGUACCUAUAAAUUUGCAGAAUAAGCAACAAGUGGAUGAUAUAUUUAAAUUACCAGAUAUACCAAGCACAAGCAAGGUAGAAUUAAAUCUUAGCAAUGAUUGCGAUUCUGAUUCGCCCGAUGAAUUGAGUCCACGGAAACAAACAAAAUGGGUCGGAAAUAUUCACAACGUGGAUGUAUCUAGCGUUGAAUUUAAAGCUUUACCGGCAGAUGUGCGUUAUGAGAUCCUAACUGAUCUGAAGGAAACCAGGAAACAAAAUUCAUGGGGUCGUUUACACGAGAUGCCCGAAGAAUCAAAUGAAUUUUCUGGUUACCAAAUGAAACGUCUACUGAAACGUAGAUUAGUUCAGGAAAGUUUAGAAUCUGCGGAACAAGAAAUGGGAGGGAAGACGCUUACGUUAGACGAAUUAGAUAAGUUAUUGACAGAGCAAGGUAUAAAUACGAGUGGCCGAAAUUGUACUUAUCGCAUUGCUGGAGACAAUACAACUAGAUUAAUUUAUAUCAGUGAUAAGAAUGAGUACAUGAAAAGCAACAUUAUUAGUACGAAUAGGGAAAAUGCAGUGAAUAAUGUAAACAAAACGGUUGAAGCUGGACCCAGUAAAACUAUAUCAAUCUGCGAUGAUGUAAAUGAAUAUGAACUUGAUGAUGAUUGGGAAAGCGACGUUGAAAUAACGGCUGAGAAUGAUUUUAUAUUUGCGAAAGAAACAAGUAGUGAUACGGAAUCGGAAGUAGAAUUGAACGAAUCGCGACCAUUAUCAAAAAAGUAUUUUGGAAAAAACGUUAUGAAUCCUGCAUUAACGUAUAUGCUGGAAUAUAGCGGAUUAACGGAAAAACAAAUCCUUACUCUUCUAGAACAAAAUAAGAAAGAAAACCAUAAAGACAUUGAAAAUAUCUCGAAAGUAUCAGAAACCGGUUCAUUGAAAAUACCAGAUCGUGAAAAGGAAGAUAAUUCGUUAAGUGAGCAACCUUUAAUUGUGAUAUCCGAAGAGAGCCAAGAAUCUGCAAAAGUUGAUUCUAGUGAAAUUAUAAAUCCGUUUGAUGCACUGAAAUCGAAAUUAUCCAAUUCAAACGCAAGAACAAAUACUAAUUUAUUGCCUCAUAAAACUACGAACAUACCAAAUAACGUGCAAGUUAAAUCAAACGAUGCAACAGUGAUCAGUUCAACAGACUCAGAUUCGGAUGAUUUUAUAGAGAUAGAAGAUGUACCAAUACCGCAGGUGGAGACUAAUAUUAAUAAAUGUGUUUCACAGCAAGGUAUUCAAAUAACAUUUAGAUCUGAUGAAAAAAUGGACGAGGAUAUGUUUGCCGACGUGUUUGAAACGCCAAGUAGAGAAUUACACACAGAAAUUGAUUCACAGAAUACACUGCCCUGCAAUGGAUCGUCUGAGAAAUCGGCAGAAACUUUUCAUCGUGAAGAAGAAAUAUCAGGAAACGAAGUAAUUUUGGAGGAAACGGUUGUAAAAUCGUCGGACGAUGCUAAAGUACAAUCUAUUGUAGAAAACGUGGAUGCAGAGCUAAAGGAAAAUGGAACGAAAAACACAAAUAGCAUCGAAAAUGUAAAUAAUUUUCCAAAAGACAACGUAGAAGCUGCAAAUAUAAAAGAUAAUGCAAAUGAAAACUUGUCUACUGACGACGAUGCAAUGAAAUUAAGCUCGAUACCUAUGAACGAAGAAGAAUUGCUCUCUUUUCAGGCAGAACUAGAAGAUAAACAAGCAGAACUAAUGGCAAACAUCGGUAAAUUAGAAAGGCAAGGUAUCGAUAUUUCUGACCAAAUACGAGCCGAAGCUCAGGAACUGCUACGAAUAUUCGGAAUACCAUACGUGGUAGCGCCCAUGGAAGCGGAAGCACAAUGCGCAUAUUUAGAACAGAUUCAUCUCACCGACGGUACUAUUACAGAUGAUUCGGAUAUUUGGUUAUUUGGUGGACAGUGCGUUUAUAAAAAUUUUUUCGAUAACAGAAAGAAAGUCCUUCAAUUUCGUUCUCGCGAUAUAGAACACCAUUUUAAAUUAACGCGAAACGAAAUGAUACGACUUGCACUUUUAGUCGGGAGCGAUUAUACAACAGGUGUGACUGGCAUCGGUCCUGUUACUGCCUUAGAAAUAUUAGCAGCAUUUCCUACGGAAAGUGACGAUUUACUACGAGGUUUAAUAAAUUUUUACUGGUGGAUGGAAACUGGUAGAGCCGCUGGUCCUGGGAAGGCAGGAUUGCGGAAUAAAUUACAAAAGUUAAAAAUUCAGAAAGGCUUUCCGAGCCAAGCUGUUGUACAAGCGUAUCUUUUCCCGAAAGUGGACGAAUCAAAAGACACUUUCACUUGGGGAAAACCCAAUAUUGUACUUCUGUCUGACUAUGCGAAAGAAAAGUUUGGUUGGGACAAAGAUAAAUUUAACAAAAUCAUGGAACCGGUAUUAAAAAGGUUAGAAGAGAAAAAAACUCAAAAUAAGAUAGACGCGUAUUUUAAAUUACAACACGUUCCACAAUCAAUCGAGAUGAAUUUGAGUAAACGAGUUCAGAAAGCUGUGCAAAGAUUAAACAAUGAGAACAUAGAAGAUUCUGCCUGUGUAAAGAAUAUACGAAAAGUAAGAAAAAGAAAGAAAUCUUCGGAUGAUAAGUGCAAGAAAGAAAGUGAGACGAAAAAGGAACAACCUGUAAUUGAUUCCGUUGAACCCAAAGUUUCUAAUGUUUCUCCUUCUAACGAAAAAUUUGUCGAAGAAUACAUACCACAAAGAGAAAAAAAUAAAGCGAACGCUUUGAAAAAAAAAUUGCACGCAAUUGAAGUACUUCGAAAGUCAAAACGAGGUUUGUAUAAAACGAGAAAAGUAACACGUUGCGUAAGAAAGGUGAGAACAGAAGCUAAACUUUCAGAAAGUGAUAGCAGUAGUUCAUAA